CACUGUCUGGUUGUGUGAUUGGUUCCUUGUUUGUUCCUCUCACGCUCUCUAUCAUCAAGGCCCAAUAAUUUCUUUGACUUGUUCUAAUUUCAUUAAUAAGCUCCCUCCCUUCGUCUUCCUCUUUCUUGUUUAUGUUGCUCCUUCUUUCUCUGCUUUUCCUCUAAACCCCAUGUUCUUUUUUCUUCUUCCUCUUCCCCUGCUUUCUUUAUUGUUACAUCACACUCUUUCCCUGUCUGGAUCGCUCUUGAAUAGUGUUUCUACAGUCUAAUUUGAAGUCAGAACUCACGAUCAAAGAGAAAUGAAGAAAGUGGUGCUGAAGUUGGAUUUGCACGAUGACAAAGCGAAGCAGAAAGCCAUGAAAAUGGUUUCUAGCCUUAUAGGUAUAGACUCCAUAGCGAUGGACAUGAAGGAGAAGAAACUGACAGUGGUAGGGGACAUAGACCCAGUGGAAGUGGCGCGCAAACUGAGGAAAGUUUGGCGCACAGAGAUAUUGACAGUGGGGCCGGCAAAAGAGCCGGAGAAGAAGAAAGAAGAAGGCAAGAAGGAUGAUGGGAAGAAUAAGAAGGAAGAUGACAAGAAGAAAGAUCCCAAUGAACAGGCCGCUGAGCUCGCCAGGCUCUACAGAGCCCAUUAUCCCUACAUGACCGCUUACUAUCCGGCUCACAGUGCUGAAGAGGAUCCCAAUGCUUGCGUUAUUUCUUAAUCUUCUGCAUGUUUUCACUUUUAGUUUCUUGCCUCUGUUUAUUACAUACAUAUAUAUAUAUAUGGUGAAUAGUAAGUAGUGCUUGAGAGUUGAGAUGAGGCAGGGUAGCAUAUUUGCAGUGUAUCUCUGUAUCUUGGGAGUAUUCACUCGAACUUCAAAUUGUGGCCCUGAGGAUUAAUGUCUCCCUUAAA